UAUCAGACCGACGGUCAAGAACUGAAGGAAGUAAUUGUGGACGCCUCGCUAACAGAGUACAACCUGACGAAACUUCAUCCCGGCUCAAAGUACACAGUGCAGCUGCAGGCAGAGGGAGGAGGCCGAUACACUUCCGCCAUCUCCACUGACUUCACCACCGGCACCCUGAGGUUCCCCUUCCCCACAGACUGCUCUCAGGAGCUGCUGAAUGGCAUCCGGACAUCGGGCGAAGUGGAGAUCUUCCCACAAGGGAAACUUGGGACACCGAUGAUGGUUUUCUGCGACAUGGAGACAGACGGAGGAGGCUGGACGGUCUUCCAGAGAAGGAAGGACGGCUCUGAGAAUUUCUUCAGAGGGUGGAAGGACUACACUAAAGGAUUUGGUAGUCUGAGCGGAGAGUUUUGGCUCGGCCUCGAGGCCCUCCACAACCUGACAGCGAUGACCAGGAUGAUUCUGCGUGUUGACCUGCAAGACAAAAAUGAUGCGGCGUAUGCCAAAUACUCGACAUUCGAGGUGGCGAAGAGGAACUACAAACUGACUGUGGGUGGAUACAGCGGCACUGCAGGUGACUCUCUCAGUUAUCACAACCAGCGGAUUUUCUCCACCAAAGACCGGGAUCUGGCGCCCUUCAUCACACGCUGUGCCAUGUCGUACCGAGGAGGCUGGUGGUACAAGAACUGCCAUGAAGCGAACCUCAACGGCCUCUACGGCAUCAGCGUCAAACACCAGGGUGUAAUCUGGACCACCUGGAGAGGAAAAGAUUUUUCCAUCCCAUUCACUGAGAUGAAGAUGAGACCAGCAGCCUUCAGAGGAUGAGGAUGAAACAGAGGAUAAUGAACUGCUAAACACACAAUGCAGGAUGGACAGCAAUGUGUACAUACAUGUGCAGACACACAAACACACACACACUUGAACACACACACGCAUUCAAACAUACAAUAAUUUUGAACAGGGAGCCUUGCUCUCACUUCUGAGGAGAUGAAGACGUAUUUUUUCAUGUGUAUAGAGGUCAGUUAUCAGUAUGUUACUGUAGAUUGUACAGUUUUUUUAGCAUCUUUUUAAAGCAGGGCUGCUCCUAGCUCCUCUAUAUUUAAAGGGUCAGUUCACCCACAUUACAAAACCACCUCCCCAUCAACCCAUGCAAUAUUCUGAGACACCUGAAACUUCACAUAUAAUGCAGAAUCACUUUACAGGUGUACAUGUAGCUGAUGUUUGCAGCACUUUAACCUUUUUUGUCAAGUUUAAUGGACCAAAACAGCAACUUUUUCAUUGUUUUUGAUGUAAAUAAAUAUCAGCCAGUCGCCAAAGAGUUAAACAUGCAGUAAAAUAUAGAAUCAUUAUUUUAUCAUUUGGUGCUGGUCAAGCAGAAACCUUGUCUCCAGAAUGUUUACUAUUCAGGAAAUAAAUGAUUGUUUUGAGCUUGAUGUAUGGUUGACUUCAUCCUGUGGGACUUAAAAAGGGGAGGAUUUACAGGUUUGUUUGUUUUUUCAACGUGACAAGUUCUCCAAGAAUGUAUUUCUGAUUGAGUUCAU